ACAAAACUCAGCCUAAUCGUAGACAACAUUGCUUCCAGUCUUGGUAAAUGUGGUUAUUCAUUAAAUCCAUAGAAUAAUUUAGUUUCGGGGAAAAAUGGAACGUAACCAUCGGGAGGACCAGUGCAACGAGAUCGAAGCGCUGGAUUCGAUCUACUGCGGAGAGCUGGAAGUGCUCAUUAGUGAACCACUGCACCGUUUUAAACUGCCUAUAGCAACUGCCACCGAAUAUGACCCGGAGGUGGAAACCGAAGGCCUAUCCUGCAAGUUAGUUUUUAGCUAUACGGAAAAAUACCCAGACACCGCGCCGCUCGUGGAAAUCGAAGAUCCGGAAAAUUUUCGAGACGGCUAUGAGGAGGGCCUGCUAGAGCACAUCAAGCAAACGAUAGAGGAAAACAUCGGGAUCGAGAUGAUAUUUUCUCUCGUCAGCUCGGCCCAGGAAUGGUUGAAUUGUAAAUAUGACGAACUCAAAAGUGAAGCUGAAAAUGAAAAAGAGUUGGCUAAGCGAAGAAUAGAAGAAGAAGAGCGCAAAAAGUUCGAGGGUACCCGAGUAACGGUGGAAUCGUUCAUGGCGUGGAAGUCCAAGUUCGAGCAGGAACUUGGAAUUACCGAGCGGAAGGAAAAGAUUGCCGCUGAGAACCGAAAACUAACCGGGAAGGAACUGUUCCUACAGGAUAACACACUGAACGAGUCGGAUCUGAAGUUCCUGAUGGACGCCGGUGAACCAAUCGAGAACGUUCGGAUUGAUGAGUCGCUAUUUCAAAAUAUUGAAGAUCUUGAACUGGACUCGGACGACGACGACGAUGAUGACGAAGAUUACGUGCCGGAAACAAAAUAAGAUUGCAUUGCGGGGAAAUUGUUUUUAUUGCUUGUUUAAUCAAUUGCUUAGGUUAUAAUAUACAAUUCAAAAGCUUUCAA